AUGAUUGAACUAGGCUUCCCUGACAGAUUUGUGACUUGGGUGUUUAGCUCCAUCACAACUGUUUCCUAUAGCAUCCUUAUUAAUGGCAAACCCACUAAGCCAUCCAGUGCAAAGAAAGGGCUAAGGCAGGGGGAUCCUAUGUCCCCUUUCCUUUUUGCAAUUGGCAUGGAAUAUCUUACUAGGCAUCUUCAGCAGCUCCAAACUCAAACUGCUUUCAACUUUCAUCCCAAGUGUAAAAAACUUGCUAUUACUCAUCUCAUGUUUGCUGAUGAUCUGCUUAUGUUCUCCAGAGCAGACAUUCAAUCUGUGCAGAUACUGCUUUCUGCUUUCCAUCAGUUCUCUGUUGCUUCUGGCCUUGAGGCUAAUCUUGAUAAAAGUAACAUCUAUCUUGGUGGGAUCUCUUCCACUGAGAAAGCUGCAAUCUUAUCUUCUAUUCACAUCCCUGAAGGGUCCUUCCCAUUUAGGCCUUUGAUUGAGAAAGUAGUUGCUAGAGCCAAAACUUGGACAGCUAGGAAUCUCACUUAUGCUGGUAGGCUGCAACUUGUGCAAACUAUUCUUCUAAGCAUGCAAUCAUUCUGGUGCCAGAUCUUCAUCUUGCCUAAGAAGGUAAUUAAGGAGAUUCAAAACUUCUGUAGAAUUUUCUUGUGGACUGGUCACACUGAUCCAUUAAGGAAGUCUUUGGUUGCUUGGUUCAAUUUGUGCCUCCCUAAAGCUGCAGGGGGAUGGAAUAUUAAAGAAAUGAGUCUUUGGAACAAACUGGGAAGAUCUCUUGAUACUAAGUGGCCUGCUGCUAUGUCUUGGCCACUUAAGAAGAUUUUAUCUUCUGUUCAAAUGAUUGAAGAUGUGGGAGGUUGGGUUACAGUUUGCAGGAAUGGCAAAUUUUCUAUCAAAAAGAUGUAUCAGUGUCUUCUUGGUGAUCAUGUGAAAGUUCCAUGGAGAAGGAUUGUAUGCAAUAACAAAGCAUUCCCUAAGAGCUUGUUUAUAACUUGGCUUGCUCUUUGGAAUAGGCUCCCUACUAGGGACAGGUUGGUGGCUUGGAAGAUCACUACUGUGGAGGAUUGCCCCUUGUGUACCACAAAGAAAGAAUCUGCAGCACAUUUGUUCUUUGAGUGUGAUUAUUCUGCUGCAGUCUGGAAUACUAUUCUACAUAGCCUAAAGUUUACCAGGAAAGCUUCUUCUUUUGAUCAAGAGUUAGCAUUGAUUCUGAAAGCUACCAAGAGAACUGGGGAUAGAUACAAGCUGCUUGUUAUGUAUUUUGCUGAGUGCCUUUACAGCAUCUGGCUGCAGAGGAAUGAAAUGGUGUUUAACCACAAAUGUAGAAGGCCUGCUGAUAUUGUUCUAGAUAUCAUGUUUAGAGUUGCUUGUAGGGCAACUGCUAGCCAACAUAUGUUUCUUCUUAAUUAG